ACACAAAAUCAAUCGAUGACAGCGACGGAUUUUCCCUUGGAAGUCGCUGACGACAUUUUGUCAAUAAAUUGUAAAAUUCAAUAGGAUUUUGUAAAGUUUUUGUAGUGUAUAGUGUUAAAAUAAGCCACUAAGAUGGCAGAUAACGAACAGAAAGCUAUGCAAUUAAUGGCCGAGGCGGAGAAGAAGCUGAGUUCUUCGAAAACUUUCUUUGGAUCACUUUUCGGUGGUUCGUCGAAGGUCGAAGAGGCGGUGGACUGCUACCUUCGGGCGGCGAACCUGUUCAAAAUGGCGAAGAAAUGGGCGCAGGCAGGUCAGGCAUUCUGCGCCGCAGCCAACCUCCACCUGAAGGCAGGCGUCCGCCACGACGCGGCCACCAACUAUGUGGACGCCUCAAAUUGUUACAAGAAGUGUGAUCCCAAUGAGGCUGUCUCCUGUCUCCUGAAAGCGAUUGAGAUCUACACCGACAUGGGAAGAUUCACUGUCGCUGCUAAACAGCAUCAGAACAUAGCAGAGCUGUACGAGACGGAGUGCGUGGACCUGUCGCGCGCGAUGCAGCACUACGAGCAGGCGGCCGACUACUUCCGCGGCGAGGAGUCCACCUCCUCCGCCAACAAGUGCAUGCUCAAACUGGCGCAGUACGCCGCACAGCUCGAGCACUACGAUAAGGCCAUCCAGAUCUAUGAACAGAUCGCCAAGUCGUCCCUAGACAACAGCCUGCUGAAGUACAGCGCGAAGGAGUACAUGUUCCGCGCGGCUCUCUGCCACCUCUGUGUGGACAUACUGAACGCUCAGCAUGCCGUCGAGAAGUACUGCGGCCUCUACCCCGCCUUCGCUGAUACUAGGGAGUGUAAACUGAUUAAGGAAUUGAUCGAGCACUUGGAGGAGCAGAACGUAGACGCGUUCACCGAGGCAGUGAAGAAUUACGACAGCAUAUCUCGACUGGAUCAGUGGUAUACAACGAUGCUCGUGCGCAUUAAGAAACAGAUCAACGACAACCCCGACCUGCGUUGAGUCAGUCGCACGUCUAUGCCCGCCGCACCCGUAUGCGUAGCGUGAGUGGCAAGCCUUAUUUCAUUUAUUCUAUCUUCAAAAAUUCUACCUUCCUUUUUUACCAUUGGCAACAUUUUUGACGUUUAAAAUCAGAAUCUUCCACUUUUCUAUUGACAGUUGAUUACAACAUGCGUUGUCUAUAACCCGUUUAGUUACCUAUAUCAUGUAUUAAAGGAUCGAAUUCGUUUUUAUGGGGGAAUAAAUCAAUGUAUGUCCAACUGUCAGUUCUAAUAAUAUAACGUAAGUUUACUUUAAUUUUCUGUUUUGUAUUUCUUUUAAAAAUGAUGCGAAAAGUACAAUUGGCAUGUCAAAAUCAAAACGCGACAUGGAAAUUUGAAAAGACCGAAACAACUCUGACAGCUGUCACUUUGACGUUGUCAUAAUUUUGUCUAUGGAUGUCCACAGAGUAUAAAUGGAUGAUCGAAGCAAUCGAUGCUCAAUGAAUGCUUGCAUAACGGUUAGCGGCGACGGGCAAUAUAAUGUUUCCUUUUUUAUCAUAAACUCGGUAGAAUAUUUCAUUAUGCCUAUUUCAAUGUAACAAGUUAGGCAAACCAGUGGUCAUGUCACAUUAUUUAACAGAAACUUAGUUUUUUUUUCGUAGAAAUAAAUUGAUAUAAAUGUUGACUGAUAGCGGUUAAAGGAGAGUAGUUUAUGUGGCGGUUUUAUGCUAGUUUAGUUCCCAAGAAUUUAAAUUUCGAAUUGAUGUUAAUGGCCAAACUACCCUCAACUUUUCUCAGUCUAGCGUCAGUUGUCGUUAGACUCUCUUCGAGUGUAGUCGUGUUUCGUGUUGCGAAUCUUUGAAAUUGAACCACGCUGUUGUGUUUGAUGAAUACUAUUCUAUUAUUGGUUGAUUUUACGUAUAUUUUAUGAAUAUUCUAACGUUAUUAAUUUGCAUUUACAUUCCUAGACUUUGAUCGUAUAAUUCUUUUUCUUUUUAUUGUUAAAUAGUGUGACAUGGACACCAUUAUUUAGUAUUCAAGAUUUAGUCGAUAUACUUAGGAUAUAAGUCGGGAGUAAAAUCAUUAACGAAAAACAUUUUUUUCCUAAUCUGUACGUUUAAACCGUAACGUUCCAAUUUACGCAGUACACUUUAUUUGAUUAUAUACUCUUUGUUUAUAUUUAUUUUUCUUGUAUUGUGAGGUCGGAGUGGUUUAUUGUAUAUAUUAUUGAUUUAAAUAACUUUAGAAGUAUGUCCCUCUUAAAUUUUUUGUUUGAUUGUGUGGUAUUGCCAGGUUAAAAUAUUAUUGUGAGAUUUUUGUGGGCUUGCAAUCUCUUUUGAAGUUCACAUUAUGGCAGCAUUACGUUUUUGCCUAUAAGAGUAUCAGAUGAUACUACACUCGGCGUCACAAAAAUCGCACCUCUUGAAAAAUUGUAAGUUUAAAACAUGUCCCGCCAGUAACGAGUACAUUACACAUUAUUAAUAUUGGUAUCAAUUGAAAGUACGUUUAACGACCUUUAAAUUAACAACAGUUAGAAUUCCUAAACACAACAGAUCUCAUCAGCACGUAACGUUAAAAAAAUGUUGUCAAAAUAUUCAGAAUGGAAUUGAUAACAUUCCUCAAGAGACUGUUGUCACAUUAAUUCGUCCAUGAGAGAAAGCAUGGAAGCAGUCAUCAGGGCUAGGGAGGGUAACACUAGGUUUUAAGUUGUUUAUUACUGAUAAAAUAAAAUGUAACUUUUUAACCAUUUGCAUUUGCUUGCUUUUUUAUUCCCUGGUAAACAAAAAACCAAAUCCAUUGAUUUAUUCUUAAACUUAAAUGAAUUGCCUUUCCAAUGAUACCUUACAGUCAUAUGUCUGCCAUUGAUUAAUAGGGUUAAAAUUACUAUGAAGGGAACUUUUAAAGAGGUGCGAUUUUUGUGACGCCGAGUGUAUUAUAUCUUUUUACAGUCAAUCAAACAAUUUUGAUUUCUAUCCUUUAUGAAUAUAGAUGAAAACUUGCUACAGUUCUCAUUCAACUUAUGAUUAAAGCAAUAGAAGUCAAAAUCGCUUGUAACAUGUUCAAUCACUUCAAUCUAUUACUUACCCUCGAAAUAUGACUUAUAUUUCCAAGUACUUUAAGUACAUUUUCGAUUGGCAAUACCACUGGUCAAUUUAAUUUCCCAUUAACAGCAUAAUGUAAUGGGGCCUAUUCUCAUUUAGAUUUAAUAAAUAAUAUUUAUAACAUUUUAUUUUGUUGUUGUAAAUAAUGACUUGUUUCGUUAAUAAAUUUUAUAUUUUUAA